AUGUUUCGCGAUGCUUUUGUGACUAACUUGAGUAUUAGUACGUCAGAUCAUAAACCAAUUUUACUGUCUUUGGUCGGUGAGACUCAUUCUCGUCGGUAUCGUCGGUUUAGGUUUGAAAACUGUUGGGUUACAAGGAAAGAGUGUAGUUCUGUUGUCGAGGCAGGAUGGAAUUUAGAGUUGUGCGCACCAAUUCUGAAUAGGAUAAGCUCUACUUCGGCAGCUUUGGAGGGAUGGGGAAAAGCUAUUAUGCCAAAGUUCUCUAAAAGAAUAGAGGCUAAGAAGGUCCAGAUUGAGGCAAUGCAGAAUAGAGCUGAUGAGGAAGGAGCUCGGGGCUUAAUCAGGUGUACCUCCGAUCUUCAUAAUCUUCCAGAGGAAGAGGAAGUGUUCUGGAAACAGCGAGCUAAAUUUUUUUGGCUCAAGGCAGGAGGUUCCAAUUCUAAGUUUUUCCAUAAUGUGGCGUCAGAUAGAAAGCGUCGAAAUCGUAUCUCCAAGCUGCGAGAUGAGCAGGGAGAGUGGAAGUCAGCUGAGAAGGACAUAACAAACUGUAUCACUUAUAAAAUUGAAAUGCCUCCUUCUCCAUGA